CGCGCGCGCGCCCCCCACGGCGACGAUGCCGGCCUCCUUCCUUCGACGCGCGGCGCUCCUGGCUUCGCGCGACGCGACGACGCUCGCGCGGAGCGCGACGAGCGCGUCCUCCGUCGCGUCCGCGUCCGCGCCGCGCCUCCGCCGCGCGCCGCGUCUCUCGCGCGCGACGUCGUCGACCACGACCUCGACCUCGGCGUCGUCGUCGUCGACGACCGCGGUCGACGCGACGUCGCCGCUGCCGCCGCCGCUGUACACGCGCACGCACGAGAUCUUGCGCCCGGAGUCGGUCUCGUCGGACGGCUCAGAGAUCACGAUGACCGUCGGCCUGACCGAGCACGCGUUCGACAUCAUCGGCGACGUGCGAGCGGUCGAGGCGGUGGACGCGGAGGAGGCGGACGGAUGGCGUCGUCGUCGUCAUCAUCACCAUCACGCGGCGGCGGCGGCGGCGGCGGCGGGUCCGUCCUCCACGCUCCUCGCGCGGCUGCACUGGGAAGGAUUCAAACGCACGGCGUCGGACGAGCUGUACCACGCGUCGUGGGCGAACGUCUCGGACGUGCGCGACGUCGCCGUGCCGUUCCCGGCGACGCUCGUGGGACUCAACGCGGCGGCGGUGGGCGAGCCGUACAAGACGAUCUCCUCAGCGGAGAGCGGCUGGGUCGCGCGCGUGACGGCGUCGAGAGACGCGAUGCGACGCGCGGGGAGCGACGCGCUGAUGAGCGCGCGGGCGUACGAGGAGAUGGUCGAGGAGCAGCUCGUGGAGGACGAGGCGGAGGCGAGCCGGUCGUAUCCGUGA